CCGAUGUUGUGAGCGAGGAGCACAUUCAGCUCGUGCGGAUACCGGCUAUUUCGCGGGAAACAGGCAGAAUUCAGAAGCAUCGGUUAUUGGAUCCUUUUGGUGUCAAAUCCAUGAUCGGAAACCUCCAGGUUAAAAUGGAAGUUGCUGUGGCAGAAGAGAAGAAGAAGAUAUUCCGAGCCAGGAAAACCAUGAAGAUAAGCGACCGCCAGCAACUGGAGUCUCUCCACAGCACAUUGUCGUCCCCCGUCCCGCCCCUGUCCAAUUCCAAUUCCAGCUCUCCCCCUCCCCGUAGCCCACUGACGAACGGUACGCACCCAGAGGAUGCACAGAAGGGGGCAGACAGAGAGCAAAACGACGUAGCGGUGACGUCUCGUUCCACAACCCCAGUCUCCCCUACCUCCCUGACCUCUCAAUCCCCUCCCCUUGCUCUGUCCCUAUCGUUGUCUCCCUCCCCACCAACCUCCCAAAGCCCCAAAGCCAAGGAAGAUGCCACUCCCUCCCCGUCAUCGCCAUUCCACAACCUAAACGACGUGCUGAAAAAGAUGGAGGAAGAGGGAAAGAAAAACGAGUGUUCCACGUCCCCUUCCAAUAAGGACAAGGAAGGAAAGGAUACAGAGAUGGAGGUGGCAAAGACGGACGAGAAAGAAGAGAAAGCACCUGAGAUAGAGAAAGAGGAGGCCUGCACUACAACUGGAAAGAGCCAUGAGGACCAAGCCCCUAUGGAUCAGUAUCCUCUGGACUCUUCGUUCUCUCCCGUCUCGCUCGCCACGUCUGACGAAGAUUCUGGGAAGGAAAAGAGGACAGAGCAGAAAGAAGACACCGUGGCCAUGGAAACGGAUACGGACAAGGACCAUACAGAGACCAAGGCCUCUGAGACCUCUACUUCCACGGAAGAGAGACCUUCCUCCCCCAAAGCCGCUACCAUGGCCUCCCCUAAAGCCGCUACCAUGACCUCCCCUGUCUGCACCCCCUCCCCCUCUGCUGCCCCUGAGCCGGAUCAGGACAUCAAAGAAGAGGUGGUGAAGAAGGGAGAGAAGAAGAAAGACGAUAGUCAGAAAGAGAAGGAAGGAGUAACGAAGGAGGAAAAGAUGGAGGUAGUUUCUGUGAAAAAGGAGGUGAAAAAGGAGAAACAGAAUGCUGCCGGGUGUUCUACCUUGUCUCUUGCCCCCUCCACCUCUACAUCCACAAGUGACAAAGGGGUGAAGGUGAAGGAGGAAAAGAGCUCCUCUUCUGGACAGAAGCGUCCCCUGUUGGAAGGUGACGAGAAAGAUGGAGGGAAGAUUGAAAGAGACGGGAAGAGGCAGAAGGUGCAGGGCGUGGAGUUGGAAGCUGAGCUCGAGUUGAAAAUCACUGCGAAAGGUGGCAGUCGCCUAAAACUUGAAAAGGUCCUGCAGAAAAUGGUUGAGGAGCGGUUGAGGGCGCUGCAGCUCACCGUCUUCGACCAAGGUUUACAGGAGCUAAAAGACCGGGUAGAAAAGAUUGAUUGUGCCACAAAACAUCAGAGCACCCUUAACACACUACAGGCCAAGAUUGCUAGAUUAGCGAAGAAAUUCGGAGAAGCCAACCAGGCCUCGGAGAACAAAAGAAAACAGGAGGCGCUAACGUCCUCUGUUGCCAAGACUGCACCUGCUACAAACACCAUUCCGACACAACGGCCAGUAGCAGCUGUCGUAAAGCAGCCCAUGACAAGCCCAGUCUCUACCAACCAUACAGUUUCUCCGGUGAAGCAGGCCAAACCUGUCCCCACUACCACUACGGCCACUGCCAUGGUAACACAGGGCUCCAUCCUGCAGCUGAUCCCCACCUCCUCUAGCUCCGCCUCCCUGUGCACCGUCACCUCCCAGAGCGGCCCCACCGGCACCCUGCUCCUCAAGACCACCUCUGGCUCCAACGUGGUGGGCCAGAAUGGCCAGCCGCUCCUCAUCCAGCUGCCUCUCUCUGCCAUGGCCAACGGCGGGGCCGGAACCCUGGUCAACAUCCCUGUGUCCUCCUUCGCUGCAGUCAACUCGCUCAACAAGGCCAAGACCACUACUCCCACCACUACCUAUAUCCUCAAGGCCGGCCCCACCACCUCCACCAUGGCCGGCCCCACCACCUCCACCAUGGCUUUGCAGCCCAUCUCCUCCACCACCCAGCUCUCUCCAGCCAUGUCCCCAGCCCAGAUGACUCUGGCUCGGGCUGUGUACCAGGGGGGCACUGGGGGGAUCAGUACGCCCAGUGCUGGGAUGUCAGUGACCACAGCCAGGGUGCCUGUUCAGGCGUCCUCUGGUCCAGCCGCUACGGGCUCGGCAGCUCCAGGACCUCCUUCGGGGACGGCUAUGACGUCAAAGACAGAUAACCAAGCAACAAGCUCUAAUCCAACCAAAACGGGGGCUCGACCCAAAGGCUCCUUCAUAGACCUCACUGAGGAGGAGGAGGAGGAGGAUGAUGAUGUGCUAGUGACUGGUGUGAGAAAGGCCAUUACGACUGCGGUAUCGUCCUCUUCAGUUACCCAGCGAUCUACUGGACCUCCUCCGCUGAUCAGCACUCCUAGUGGCACAACAUCAAGAGCAUCUCCUCAACAGUCAGUUGGCGGUCCUCAUCUGACAGUUCACUACCGCCCCCCUCUGGACUCCCCAUCCAAAGCACGCAUGGGAAACAAUACCACGCCAACCAAGCCCCCCCCUGUCACCCUGCCCCCGUUACCCUCGGCUCCCUUGCCUCCUGGCCGGCUACCCAUGGAGGCCAACCAAACCACGCCCCCCAGCAGCCCCAGCUGAAGUUGGCCAGGGUGCAAAACCAGAAUGGCAUCGUCCUGUCCUGGUGUGUGGCAGAGACUGACCUGACCUGUGCAGGGGUGGAAAGCUACCACCUGUA